GAAGCAGUCUGCUUUCGACGCUUCAAUGGUUAGCAACACGAGCCGAAGGCGCCGCAGUGCGCCCACUGAGAUGACGUCGGCUUUCAUUGUUCCAGACAUUAAGCUCAGUACAUCAAAGCAGGCAACGACCACUAUCAACAUGCAACGGACACUUCCCAAGGAGCACGACAACGCCAACUGCACCUACUGCCGCCGCGAAGGAUACACCACCGCCACUGAUGCUCUCCACGU